AUGCCGCCUCCCAACUCGGCAUCACACGGCACGCCGGCCUUGACUCCUACACCCUCCGCACCUGCGCCCGAGACGGAGCCCUUUUCGCAACCAACGUCGACACCCGAAACAACCGCUGUCUCCGCAGGUCUGGACAGUGAUAACGCACACGACGAGAAUGUCAACUUCCUCCGCAAUCAAUCCCUCCUGUCAAACCCACUGCCAACGUCCCUGAGUCGUCCUCGUCGCCGUCGCUACCAAGUGUCGCAACCACAGCAGAUGGCCGACCGACCGACCGAGGACCGAAUGGACCUGGAUGAUCCCAGCAACCUCCACUUGUCCGUCGAGAUCAACCGUCCCAUCCCGAUCGUUCGUCCGCAACGAGAGGAACGUAGAGCCAUGCCCGAUUACGAAAGCCGCCGGGCCAACUCCCGCUCCCUCUAUGGGUGGGCGCCCGGGUCAGACGACGACGACGAGGAACACCACCUCGAGGAAGCGGAAGAUGAACAAGUGCGACCCUUCCUCCACGCUGUUUCAGAUCGCAGUGGGCCGACUAGCCAAGCGGACAUGAAUGAGCCUGAGAAUCGCACACCGGCCGCCAAUAGCCUCGUCCCUGACGAUGCACGAGCCUGGCUGACGGCGCCGAUUCCGAUGGAGCUGUUGCAGUCAGCCCGUCGACAACCGAGGCUAGCGAGGAUAAGAACACUGGAGGGAUUUCUUCUGGAUCGCUAUGGAACGCGCCCCAGCGACGAAUUCGCAGAUCCCGAGCGAGCCGGGAACUCGACGUCAACACGGGUUUAUCGUUACCGUCCUCCAAGUCGGGGGGAUUUCCACCGGGGGUUGACCAACAGCGACUUGCGUGCCAGAGUGGCUGCCCAUCGGCGAUUGCAUCCUAACCACGCGGGAGAUUCACUGCUCAAAGACACAAUCAAAUAUCUCGAUCGAUUACGGUACUCCAAUUCAUUUGAGGAAAGCAUCAGCUCCGCCGCCGCGACGGGUUUUAUUUCACUGGAGAAUUUCUCAUUGAAAGACAAUGACCUCAUCCUUGAUGUCAACACGAUUCGACCACCUGAACAAUGCUCGUGGCUGCGAGAGGGAAUGGUUUUCGCAGGCUGUCAAAAAGCGGCCAACGCGGGAUGUCCCGCGGUGGCCCAGCGCGCUCAAAGCCCCCGUACAUCGGGCGAACCCGUGAUCGUCAACGGCAGUGAGGGUACUCGUAUCAGGGUACACACAGCCAGCGGACGUCGGUAUCUUGCAAAUGCAGCGCGCGAUGAGAACUGGCCAGUCAAGGUGACCAUCCAUAGCAUCAACCGCGCGGAUAUGACUCUGUCGGGAACCAUGGAAGCGUACAAUAUCCCCGAUAAGUCGUCGCCAACACGCGACGCCCAUAUUGUCACCUUCCUAGAAGGCGAGAUUAUCGACUUUAACCAUCACACACUCGAAACCAAAAAUUUCAAGGCGGAUGCAGACAUCGACAGUACAUACUGGCGAGAACUACAGCCGUUCAAAGAUCUAACCGAUGCUGAGAUAUCCAAGAAUCUUGUGAGCAAAAAAUGGAUCACGGAACAUUUGCUGCGAGGGUGGAUACUCAUGCGCUGGAAGGAGCGAUGUUUUAUCACUCCAACAGAUGCUCGGCAGGGUCUCACAAUCUCCGGAUUUUACUACAUAUCUCUUCGCCGCGAAGACGGUCAUGUCGAAGGGCUGUACUAUGAUCCCGGCAGCUCGCCUUACCAACAACUCUCCCUGAAGCCAGAGAUGAGAAAGAUGGAAUGUCCAUCGUACUCUUUCCGAUAA